AUGCCCUCCAUGGAGCGACUCCUCGAGCUCCGCGCCGCGGCGUUUGCUGACGACGUCGAGGUUCACGCCGCAAUGCUCUCGUGGGACGAGGAGAGGCUGAGCACCUACUUUGAGUCUGGCGGGAAGGCCUCGGCGCCGCCGCCGCCCCAGCGCAGCCUUCGCGUGCUCUCGCUGCACGGCGGCGGCGGCAACCGCAACGUCAACGCGAUGCAGGUCUCACGACUCAGGCGCGCGCUCGGCCCGCCCGACGUGGUGCAUUUUGACUUCUUGGAAGGCGACCACGCGUGGAAGAGCGAGAACAUCGACCCGCGGUUGGUGCAGCUCUUUGGACCGGGGCCGUACUGGGGCUGGUACGGCGUUGAGAAUGCGAGCGGGCAUGGGCAGAAUGACCGCGAUGCCUACGUCAAAGCGAUGAUGGACCCGGCGGUGGCGUUCGAGUACAUCGGGUACGAGGCUGCGCUGGACCGGCUCGAGCGGCACAUCUCGGAGCACGGCCCGUACGACGCUCUCGUCGGCUUCUCUCAGGGGGCGAUCAUGGCGCCCAUCUUCCCGCCGGGCGGUUCGCCGCUGCACGCCUCGCCUCCGAUCGCGCGGCUGCCCGCCAUCGCGUGCAUGGGGAGGCAGGACCCGUUCGCGCCAUACGGGCGGCAGGGCCUCGGCUCCAUCUAUGGCGCGCUGGAGUGGUUCGAGCACGGCGGCGGGCACGAGACAGCAAAGGAGGCCGAGGUGAACAGCGAGGUGGCGGAAGCCAUCUGGCGUGCCGUCGAGGAGCACCGGAGUUCACCGGGGUGA